UGCUGCUGGAAAUUUCCAUGCAAAACACGUUGUGGUUCUACACUCUGAAUUCAUUGGAAAUUACUGGCAGAAAAGCUGAGCAAUACUGAGGCUGUCAUACAACACUAUAUCCGCAUAGCUGAACAUUCCUAAUUAUCUGAAACAGCAUGGAUGUGUUGAAUGUCCUGCUUCUCAUUGCUGGAUUUGAGGCCAGUGUGGCGACUGUUUGCCCUGUGGGCUGGCACCGAUAUGGCAAGAACUGCUACUUUGUGAUCAAAACAAAGUGGAACUGGUACACAGCGAAAAAAACCUGUGCCGCUUCUCAUGCAAGCCUUGCAGUUCCCAUCUCAUCUGAAGAGCAGACAUUUAUAUGGGAAUUACUCCAGCGGGAGUUUUAUCCUGAUGGUCCAGGGAAUGGGGCCUGGAUUGGCUGCAAUGAUAUCAACAAGGAUGGUGUUUGGCAGAACUGUCCUCUGAGAGGUGGUGAGACCAACGCGUACCAGAACUGGAGGGAAGGAAGGCCAGGCAAUCAGUACCGGUACAGGGGAGCUGAUUGUGCAUUGAUGGUCAAUUCAGCAGGUGGCAAAUGGGGCAAUCAGUACUGUACCAAUCCCAGAUAUGCAACAUGUGAGCUUGCUAUCAUCGACUACAACCCUCUAUUCUGCCUUCAGAUCGGCUCCGAUGGUCGCAUCACCUCCCCGUGCCUCACUGAUAAGCACGUCUUGAUGGAGUUACAGGCUCAGGGUCUGGUGUCUUGUGGCAAGGCCUGCCUCUCUCAUCCCGAAUGUAGCUCCUUCAAUCUGAAGGACCAAGGCCAGGGCAAGAUGGUGUGCCAGCUGAAUGACCUCGCCCUUCAAAAUGCAGCGGCUGAAGAUGUGGUGGAAAUUGAGAACUGCUACGGCCUGGAUCUGUAGAAACUGGUUGCAUGAAGCAAACUGAUACC